AUCACUUUGUGAAUCAGAUGAAGAGCUGGACUGAAGCUCAGAGUUACUGCAGAGAGAAAUACACAGAUCUGGUCACUAUCAAUGACAUACAAGAACAGAAUGACAUUGAACAGGCCAUAAAGAGUAGCUCUGAUCGUGUCUGGAUUGGGCUGAAGAGCACAAAUUCAUGGAUAUGGUCUCUGAGUGACCCUGACUUCUACACGCAUGAGACUCAGUAUAGGAACUGGGGACCAUCACAACCAAAUGGAGAUGGAGACUGUGUUUACAUGGAUUGCAGCAGUAAAGGAUUCGUCUCCGGAACGGGGGAAAAGAACUGGACUGAAGCUCAGAAAUACUGCAGAGAGUAUCACACAGAUCUGGCCAGCGUGAGGAAUCAGAGUGAGAAUGAACAGAUUCAGAGCAUCAUAACAGAUAAACAAGCCUGGAUCGGUCUGCACAGACUCUGGGUUUGGUCAGAUAACAGCACCGCCGCAUUAUAUCAGUUAAUGAAAUAUGUACUUUUCCUGUAA